GGAUGGUGAGUUAACAGGCACUUCAAAAUUGCUCUUCUCAGCUUCAAUAUUUGCUUUGUGUCAGAGCUCACCUUGCUCCGGGAUAGCGGGAGAUCAGCACGACAAUGGACUAGCAGCAGGUGUUAGAUUUCACUACCCAAGUGCUCUAAUGCUGAUCAUGUCAAGUUGUGGUCUGCAGUCAGGAGUGCCUAAAAUAUCUCUGUAAGCUGCUUAUGACACUCAGCGGGCAGCAGCCUCCUUCCUGCUCCAUCCUGCAGCUUUCAUUUAAAGAAAAGUCCACACUGAAGCCUGACCUCUGACCUCUGAACCUCUCGCACCUGUGUGGACUUCACAAUUGAGCCACCAUACCCCAUCUGCCUGAUGGUUCAUGACAGCAAGAUCCAAACACCUUAGUUUAGACUAGUUCUCAGAACUGUUUGUCCAAAGGGAAGUUUUUCUUAUUUCGAAGAGAUGAAAUGAAGGCCUGAUUCGAAACCAGUCAGAGUGCACACAACCAGCUUCUAAAAAGCCUGAUUGCUCUGUGCCUUCGUCUUUACAUAUUCACGCUCACAAUUGAUUUACAAAACACUCCUUACAUUGUGGUACAUCUUAUCUCCUGUUGUGUUUUUCUGUGUUUUAUCAAUCAUUUAACAAUCAUAAAUGAUUGAUAUUCAUGAAAAGUGCAACCUUAAAUAUUUCAGUCGGUGGGCCUUUAGAAGCUUUAGCUGUGAGCAAAUGAAGUGAGAAUGAUGAAUUUGGUGGCUUAAAAUUAUAUUAAUUUGUAAACAAGUUUCAGUAUUGAAACAAAAAGGCAUAUGCACAAACAAUAUGCUGUCAUGUUGUUAUGUAGAACAUAAACUUUUUAGCUCAGACAGCCUGACAGUAGAUUGUUAUGCAGCACCUUGUGGUCAAAAGUGUUCAUGCACACUGAGGGUGGCAACCUUUUGGCCAUGUUAGCAGCUUCUUAGCCGUGAGUCACUCAGAAACCUGAGAACGGUCAUGGCAGUUGGGAAGGUGACAUUUAGCAAGGUGGAGAGAGAGAAGCUAGCUGAGGUUCUCUGGCUGCUUAAUUGGAUUUCUGUAGUGACAGGAACUAUCCUCUUUGGCCUUGGCUUAUUCCUCAGAGUAGAGAUUCACAAAUGGCAAGAAGUGAUGUCGGAGCAGGGAAUCCUCUAUGUGCCACAUAUGCUGAUCACCACAGGACUAGCAGCCUGCUGCAUCAACUUUUUCGGUGGCAAGAUCUGCCUGGACUGUGCCGACACCAACAAGUUCCUGCGCUGGAAGCUGGUGAUGAUGCCGUACAUCAUAUGCACCUUCUUCUUCACCUCUUGCGUCCUGGCAGGGGCGCUCAUGUGCUACGGCAUUCGCAGUCAAAUGGAGGAAUCCCUGUUUAUGGGCCUGAGGAAUGCCAUGCGAUACUAUAAAGACACAGACACUCCGGGCCGCUGCAACCUGAAGAGAACUGUGGACCUAUUGCAGAUCCAGUUCCAGUGCUGUGGGAACACAGGAUACCGAGACUGGUUCCACAUCCAGUGGAUCAGCAGCCGCUACCUGGACAUGAGCAGCAGUGCUGUGGUAGAUCGUAUGAGGAGUAAUGUGGAGGGGAAGUACCUGAUGGAUGGUGUUCCCUUUAGCUGCUGCAGCACCUUCUCCCCUUGGCCCUGCAUCCAGCAGCAUCUCAGCACCAGCUCGACCCAAGACAAGCAAAGCCAGCAGCUGAACCUGUGGAGGCGGGGCUGCCGACAGGCCCUGCUAGACCACUACACCGGCAUCAUGCAGUCGAUUGGCCUCACCGUGCUGCUCAUCUGGCUUUUUGAGCUGCUGGUUCUGACAGGUGUCCGUUAUCUGCAGACGGCCAUGGAGAACGUUCUCCGGCUGGGUGAUCCAGAGUCGGAAUCAGAUGGUUGGAUUUUGGAAAACAGCCUGGCAGAAACGGCCCGGUCCAACUUUAACAUUAUUAAGAACCUGGGAAAGUGUUACCAGGUUGACGACGACCCAAACAUCAAUGUCCCGACUGCUGCUGCAGAGGAGGAACUGCCAUCAUAGCAGGUCCAGGUCCUCGUGACCAGCUAGCCUCCAGCCUGUGGAGUCAUGGACAGCAGAAGGAAUGAGCUGUUCCAAAGAUGCUUUUGACUCGGGAUAGAAAUCACUUCAUUCUCCAGGAUGCAGAGUGAAUCAAGUGGAUCUGACACGUUUAGCUUCGUCCCAGAGACAAGAACAAAAACUUGAUUGUUUGAUCGAAACAAGUUCGGAACAGUGGCUAAACUUUACCUGCUGAGUCCUUAGAGCUCUCAGAUUUAUGGACCAACAAGGUCUUCUGCCUUCAGAUACGUGAGUUUGAAUAGGUUUCACCUUGAUGACAGGUUUAUAAAUGAACUCUUUGUGAUUUUUUUUAUAUGAUAAGAGGAGUUAUUUUUUAUACUUGAAGUAAAUUACAAAGCCAUGAACUGGUACCUUUGGGUCUUUGAUUGCAUUUUUAAUUUUUACCAUUCUCCAAAGAAGUCUGAUCACUGAAAAAAAAAUCAACAGCCCAUCAGUUAAAGCCUGAAAACAGUACAAGUACAGGGUGGGCCAUUUAUAU